AUAUUUCUUAUCUGCUUUGAUAUAGCCGUGAAAUCGUAUGUAAUGCUGUUCUGGCCUGAGCUUCUUCAUGAUGAAUUGAGAUUAUCUUUACUCUGAAGACUGAAGACUGAAGACAGCUCCGUAAGCAAAAGCCAUUAUCUUUAGGAAGAGUUAUAUUCCAUAUAGAUUAAUCCUGCUCUGAAAUUCUUCAACUUCAACAUAUAUUUUGUUCGCCAAAACUUUACGAUCUUCACCAAAAUCGCACCCAAAAAAGAGAAUCUUGAAAUAAAUGGCAGAGUCUGCUCAAAACCCAGUGUUGAGACUGUGUAUUGCACUGUUUCAGUGGCCCAGCAACAGAAAAUCAUUGUGACCAACAAACAUAGUGAAAAGCUGGUGGGAUUAUUACAUGACACUGGUUCUGGGGAUAUCGUAAUCUUAUGCCAUGGUUUUACAUCCACCAAGGACGACCCUAUUAUGGUGAACCUCGCUGUUGCAUUGGAAAGUGAAGGAAUUAGUUCGUUUCGUUUUGAUUUUUCUGGAAAUGGGGAAAGUGAAGGCAUCUUUGAGUACGGUAACUAUCGGAAAGAAGCUGAUGACUUACAUGCUGUAGUUGAACACUUCUCAGGGACAAGCCGUGUAGCAAGUGUAAUUUUGGGGCACAGCAAAGGAGGUGAUGUGGUGCUGCUGUAUGCUUCUAAGUAUCAUGACAUUCGUACUGUUGUCAAUGUUUCUGGACGUUAUGAUCUGAAGAAAGGCAUUGGAGAACGCUUGGGGAAAGACUUUAUGGAAAUGAUCAAGAAGGAAGGCUUCCUUGAUAUCAAGAAUAACACAGGAGGUGUUGCUUACCGUGUGACCGAAGAAAGUCUGAUGGAUCGCCUAAGUACUGAUAUGCAAGAAUCAUGCCUUCAGAUUGGCAAAGAAUGCCAGGUGUUGACAGUCCAUGGAUCUGAUGAUGAGGUCAUCCCUGUGGACGAUGCAGUGGAGUUUUCCAAGAUAAUAACUAACCAUAAAUUACAUAUUGUUCGAGGAGCUAAUCAUUGUUACACCUCGCAUCAAGCUGAGUUAGCUUCAGUUGUGGUGGACUACAUAAAGACCGCUCUGCAGCAGGACAAGACUACUUCCAUCUAGGUACUCGAUGCCAGUCAGAAUAUCAAUUCCUGAAGUUGUACCUGUUGAUGAUUAGGUGCCUGGGGAUUCUAUGAACUUGAUGUAGCUGGAUACAUACAAUUAUGCUUUGCCAUAAGUCGGUGCUUAUUAAUAAAACCCUCAUCUUAUCAUGGUGACUCGAGAAAAAAAAUUUACAGUUUGACUGUUACACUUUUCUCUGUCAAAGUUA